AUGAAUUUCACUUCACUCUGCUCAUUCGCUAUUCUUGUCCUAGCAUUUUACUCCAUGGUUACUACUGGCUCAGUAUCAAAUGAAGACAACUUGGGGAUUGAUGAACCAAUUGACGUUCAUGUCAUCGACAGGUUCGACAUCAACACGACACCCAAGUUGAUCAUUCAUUGCAAAUCGAAGGACGAUGAUCUUGGCGAGCAUACCCUUUCUUCGGGUGAUGAUUUCCAUUGGCAUUUCAGGGUCAAUUUUAUGAGGACUACUCUCUUCUUCUGCACCAUGAGAUGGGGCCAGAAGGUGUUGAGCUUCGACGUAUUCGACGCUGCUCACAACAGAUGUAAAGCAACUCUUAAAUGCUUCUGGUCAAUUGGUGAGGACGGCGUUUAUUUUGGCGAUGGUCAUAGCCCCAACUACUUAGUGUAUCGUUGGCCUUAA